AGAGGCGCGCGCAGCGGCCCAUCUCCCGGAAGUGCGCCCGGAGCCGGCGCCUGGGCCCGAGUACUGGAUCUCACCCCCUCACUAGUGGUCCUAUGAGAAGCUCUGCGAAGACCUUGUUGUCUCCGGAGACUACGCUGUCUCAGACGCACCUCACCUAAACGGUUUUGCAGAGCCAGACGAUGCCCUUGGAGGCCCGGCAGGCCCCUGUCCUGCGGCCCAUACUGACAAAGGCUGAGGACGACGCUCUGUCCUGCGGCCCUGAUGCUGCUGCCCCUCCAGCAGGCGAGCUCUCCAGCUCGGAGACUGCGCGCCGGCUUUUCCGCCAGUUUCGUUACCAGGUGAUGUCUGGACCCCACGAAACCCUGAAACAACUUCGGAAACUCUGUUUCCAGUGGCUGCAGCCCGAGGUUCACACCAAGGAGCAGAUCCUAGAGAUCCUUAUGCUGGAGCAAUUCCUGACCAUCCUGCCUGGGGAGAUUCAGAUGUGGGUUCGCAGACAGUGUCCAGGCAGUGGAGAGGAGGCCGUGACCCUUGUGGAGAGCUUAAAGGGAGACCCCCAGAGACUGUGGCAGUGGAUCAGCAUCCAAGUUCUAGGACAGGAAAUCCUACCAGAGAAAGUGGAAUCUGCAAGAUGCCAAGUAGAAGUGGAACAACGCCAUCUUGAAGUGAGGCCUGAGGAGCUGGGACUUCAGAACUCACCCUCUGGACUGGAGGAGCCCCUCACUCACAUUGUGAAAGAGGAGUCUGACACAGAGCAGGAACUCGUGAUGGCUGCUUCCUUGCUUCCUUCCCAACCUGAGGAAAGGCUCAUCAGAGACCGAGACUUGGGAGUUUCACUUCUGCAAACAGCACCACAGGAGCAGUGGAGGCACCUGGAUCCCACACAAAACGAACACUACUGGGAUCUCAUGCUGGAGACGUACGGGAAAAUGAUCUCAGGAGGGAUUUCCAGUUCUAAGCCUGACCUAAGUCACUCGACAGAGUUUGAAGAGCUGGCAGGAGAGCACCUUCACACCAGUGAGAAGACUCUGAAAUCCACCUGCUUAGGUGACAGACAGGAGAAUGACAAAGAAAACCUAGACUUGGAAAAUCACAGAAGCCAGGAACCUCCCGACGCUUCCUGUCAUUCCUCAGGAGCGACACCUUCUCAGGCUACUCUGAGUGACCACUUCAGGGAGGAGGAGUCUAGACACUUGGGAGAAGAUAGUACCCCGGAGACUCAGGAAAGCCUGCAGGGUGAAGAGUCCCAGGAACAACUCUCUUCUCAAGAAAGGAAUUCUGGGAAGCAGCCAGGCCAGUACUUGCCUGACCCUCACCUAGGUGAACUGUCCAUGCUGUGGCUGGGGGAGAAGAAAGAGGUCUCUCCUUUAAAAGGUCAACGAAGAGCCCCCAUGGCCCAGAAACUCCCCACUUGCAGGGAGUGUGGGAAAACCUUCUAUAGGAAUUCUCAGCUGGUUUUUCACCAGAGAACUCACACCGGAGAGACAUAUUUUCAAUGUCCCAUCUGCAAGAAAGCUUUUCUGCGGAGUUCCGACUUCGUGAAACAUCAGAGAAUUCACACUGGAGAGAAGCCAUGCAAAUGCGACUACUGUGGCAAAGGCUUUAGUGACUUCUCAGGAUUGCGUCACCAUGAGAAGAUCCACACUGGCGAGAAGCCUUAUAAAUGCCUCAUCUGUGAGAAAAGUUUUAUUCAGAGAUCAAACUUUAAUAGACAUCAGAGGGUUCACACAGGAGAGAAACCUUAUAAAUGUUCCCGCUGUGGGAAAAGUUUCAGUUGGAGCUCAAGCCUUGAUAAACAUCAAAGGUCCCACUUAGGAAAGAAGUCCUUUCAGUAACCACUUGAAAAAGACUUUGCUUCAUCUGGAGAAAUAACAUUUCUUAAAAGAUUUCCUGUUCCUUCUCUCUCUUUCUCUCUCUCUGUCAUGCCUCUAGGGUUAUCGCUGGGGCUAGGUACCUGCACUAUGAAUCCACUGCUCCUGGUGGCCAUAUUUUUUCCCAUUGUUGCUGUUAUUGUCAUUGUUGUUGCUGCUGCUGUUGUUAGAUAGGACAGAGAGAAAUGGAGAGAGGAGGGGAAGACAGAGAGGGGGAGAGAAAGAUAGACACCUGCAGACCUGCUUCACUGCUUGUGAAGUGACUCCCCCUGCAGGUGGGGAGCUGGAGGCUCAAACUGGGAUCCUUGGUCCUUGAGCUUUUGCGUCAUGUGCUUAACCUGGUGCCCUAACACCUGCCACCCCCUCCCCCAUCCCCGUUCCCCAUGGAUUAGAGGCAAGAACAUGAACGUGGUUUCAGACAUGGAGGAUAUACUGGUCUCAGGAUUGGAUUUAUUUCAUGCUGGUUUAAUUUCCUGCUCAUACAUUAGGACAAAGAAUGAUUUUCAGUGUUCAGUUUAUCUGUAUUUCUAACCCUGUAGAAAAAGUGUCAUAUGGAAACCGCAGCUGAGAAAUGAGAGCAGCAGAAUUGCAGUGGCUAAAAGGCAAAUUCCUGCUCAGAGACAAAACCUGGGAUCAGCCCUACAGAACUCGGAUUCUAGGUCAGAUCUGCUGUUAUUAAAGGAGUAUAGAAGACAGAGGAUCUCGUGCAUAUUCUGCCAUCCACAUGAAAGAACAUGCCAUCCAACUUCAAGAACCCCUUGUUUUAAAUAAACUUAGUUAAACCAGUCCCUAUUUUAUUUGUGUCUGCAGUGUCCACUAUGUUGACUGUAAAGUGCAUAUAAAAUUUUUUAAAAAUUAUCUUUAUUUAUUGGAUAGAGAUAGCCAGAAAUUGAGAGGGUGGGGAUUAGAGAAGGAGAUAGAGAGAGAGAGAGAGACACUUGCUUUCCCUCUACAGGUGGGGACAAGGGGCUCAAACCUGGGCCCUUGUGCAUUGUAACAUAUGCACUCAACCAGGUGCACCACCACCCGGCCCCUAACGUUUAUUUUCUCAUAGACGACUAUAAAUGGGUAGUUGAGAACCUACACAAAACUGGCAGUAUCAUUAAUCAGCUGGAAGUACUGAUCUGUGUCUUGGUGUGAGCGAUAGACUAGUACUGGGUACUUACACUCAUUGCUAAGGUGGUCUCUGGCUUCCUUUUUCCAAGUCCACUGCCCAUCUGCUUGCAAGCAUCAGACUGCCCUUCUCUCAUUUAAGGCUUUCCUUUUUUUUUUUUUUGCCCAAGUGUUCCAUGCUUUCAAAUUUUUUAUUAUAUCAGUUUGUAGGUGUUAGGAGGAAAAUCAAUAGUAUUGAUCUUAAUUUACAGUACUGUCUAGAGGGUUAUGAUCACAUAUAUCUUAGCUGCCUUUAUCCAUGUCUUCAAAAGUUGCAUGCUCCAGAAUGUCCAGUUCUUGUGUAGGAUGAUUUCCAUUUUGGUCUUCCCCUGGCCUGCUCUGAUUGUACUGUUCUCAGUCAAGUUCAAGAUGAGCCCCUUGCCAACAAACAGAUUAACCUGGAAGCAUAAAACUGCAAAUUGUUGACAAACAAUGAAGUAUGUUACUGGUUACUGAAGGAAGAGUGACAAGACUUUAAAAACUGGAGUUUCUAAGGCCCAGGAAGAAUUUGUUACCCUCUUCACAAUAUAACAAUGAGGAGUAAGACCCUCUAGUUAGUGGAUCCAGAAAGCAAUGGAAAUUUAUUGUAUGAAAUUGAAGUAUGGAAAUUUAUUUCAAAGAGGAAGAACUAGAAAAGCUUUAGUAAGGGAUUCUCCUUAAGUCCCUCCAGCAUGGCAGAGACACAAGGUGACAACCUGCCUCAUUCAUAGUUUUGUCUCCAGUGAACAGAUGCUAGAUUCUUUAUUGAAUGGAUCAUGCUCUUCCUUACCUGCUAGAUAACUGCUAGGGAAGUUAUCAGUGAAAUAUAAACUGCAUCCAUUUAUUUUUGCAAUUAACAGUUUUAUUGGAACAAAGCUAAGUCACACUCGCGUAUGCUUGCUGAUGGCUGUUUUGGACCACAACGUAGAGCUAAAUAAUUACAGCAUGUACCGCAGAGUCUAAAAUAUUUACUGUCUGAU